GCUAAAGUUGAGAUAGGAAAGAAUGUGUGAACAGAAACAAUAUAAAAAUGCUGCUCAGAUGAUAAAGCAAUUCAGUUCCAUCUUUUACUUCAAUGGCAGACUGGACAAUAUUCUAAAGGAAGGAACCUUCUGGCCAACUGCAUUUCAUAGCAGCCAGGGCAAAGAAAACAACAACAGGUCUGUUGGAGUUGUGUGCACCCUACUUUUGCUGGGGCUGUUACAAGAGCUGGAAGCCAUGCCCGUUAAUGCCCACUUGCCCUCCUUCCUCCUGGCACUUCUACUCUGUGCCUAUGUCUGCCAUUCUCCUGCAUCAGCUGCCACGCUCCACUUCAAGGAAGGGGAAAGUUGCUACAAACCAAUGCCACACAGGAUUCAAGGAGUUAGAACUUACCCUCGUCCGCAUGAAUACCUAAAGAUGUCCGACAUCCCCAAGAGGUGGGACUGGCGAAAUGUGAACGGCGUCAAUUAUGCAAGCCCUACUCGCAACCAGGGCGUCCCACAGUUCUGUGGAUCUUGCUGGGCUCAUGGCAGCACCAGCGCCCUGGCCGACCGCAUCAAUAUCAAGAGAAAAGGGGCCUGGCCUUCUACUUUUCUCUCAGUUCAGCAUGUUGUGGAUUGUUCUGGUGGUGGGAGUUGCAAUGGUGGAAAUGACAUGUUUGUGUGGUCAUAUGCCAACAGCCAUGGCAUCCCGGAUGAGACAUGCAGCAAUUAUGUAGCUAAGGAUCAAGAUUGUAAACAGUUUACAGCAUGUGGAACAUGUGUUAUUUUCGACAAAUGUUAUGUGGUAAAGAACUACACCCUCUGGAAAGUGGGAGAUUAUGGAUCUAUCAGUGGGAGAGAGGAUAUGAUGAAAGAAAUCUACAAAAAUGGACCAAUCAGCUGUACAAUUAUGCAGACUCCAAAGCUAGAUGAUUACAAAGGAGGCAUUUUUACUGAAUACAGAGAGUCAACAAGGGCAAAUCACAUUGUCAGCGUUUCUGGCUGGGGAGUAGAAGAUGGAAUCGAAUACUGGAUUGUCCGCAACUCUUGGGGCGAGCCCUGGGGGGAACGUGGCUGGUUUAGAAUCGUGACGAGUGCAUAUAAAAAUGGAAAAGGCAAUGACUUCAACUUGGGUGUGGAAGAACGCUGCACUUAUGGAGACCCUAUCAUACCUUGAACCUGCAUUUGAGCUGUCUUUGCAGGCAUGUCUUCUGAAAGAAAUCCCACAGAAUAGUUUUUUUUCUUUCCUUAAAAAAAGUAAAGUUAGUUUUUUCAGCUGUGCAAAAUAGCAAUACUAUAAUAGCCUAGAGACAUAUGUUUGUUUAGUUACCUUUUCUAUUCAAACCUGCACAUAACAUUCACCCAAAGGAGUGGGAAGGGGCAGAGUGGGAGGGAGACUGCAUCCUGUCUCCCACUGUUUACAUUCAGUUAUGUCUCAUUUUUGGGCAGAGUUUGAGAGCUUAAGAAUGAAAGAGAGGUGAAGUACAUCAUUAUUUACUAAGUUACCCCUUCCCUAAUCUUUUUCCUACAUGUUUCCAAAUAUAGCUCUUUUGCAUUUCA